AUGCCGUCGACGUCGACGUUCUCGUCGCUGUCGAGACGCCUGAAAAGCGAUGAAGGGAUAAAGCGUGCACUGUUGACCGAUGGUAUCGCGGUGAUUAACGACGGGAUCGAUCCCGCAAACGCUCGAGAGCUCGCUCGAGAGCUGUCCCGGUUGAGGUCACUUCCGAAUGGUUUCGAGCGAAACAAGACGGUUUUUAUGAAGGACGGCGAGCGGUACGAGCUCGAGAAGCGCGGGGUGUACGAACGAGAGGCACAUGCGAUGUCCGAAGAGUCAUGGAGAGUCGCGGCGCCGACGUUCGCGGCGAUGGGAUUGGAGGGGUUUCCAGAACGGGACGCGCUGAGCUGUGCGUUGGGAGGUCGAGCGUUGACACGGGAGAGCGUGAAAAUGCAGACGAGCGAGGGCGGGUGCUUUCCGUUACACUUUGAUUCGGAUGCUGUGUUAGAUUCAAGACGGUUGACGAUGUUGUGUUACCUGGGCGUCGGAGACGAAGGGGCCGAGGAGCCGAGGGACUGGAGAAAAGGAGACGGCGGAGAACUGAUUUAUUACGGAUUUCCGAAAAAGGAGACGCUGAUCGAGCCUCGAGCGGGACGGGUUGUGUUGUUUAGCUCAGAGUUUGGGUUGCAUAGCGUGUUGCCGAGCCUCGUGGCGAGGCGUUACAUGUUCACGUGUUGGUUCUUUGCAAAAGAGAGGAGAGAAAUGGACGCGGCACCGCCGCCUAGGCCAGACGACCCAGUUCAGCAAGCGUCGGCGCUUUUGCAUCCAUCGCUUCGGAAACAUCUUACAAAGGUCGUGCUCGCUAAUGAAUGGGCGAAUUCUAUCGAGGGAGCUCAUCACGAUUCGGAGAGUCGCGCAGCGGCUCUACGGACGCACUGGGAUGAAGUCCAACUCAUUUCGCAGGUUCUUGGGCGGAACUACCCGCUCGGUUUGGACCAUAUCGCGCGCGCAAUGAAGAAUGGAGACGAAGAAGCGCUAGCGAGCGGUGUAGAGUGGUUUCCGUAG